AUGUGGCUGAGCUGCAGUGGUGAGGCGUGCACGGGCAAAGUGGUGCUGAGUCAACCACUUCCUUGUGACGGCAGCGUGGGGCCAACCUCAUCGCUAAUUGUGGGCGUUACAGUAGCAAGCAGCACCCAUUCUAAUUAUGUAAGUGUUGGCAGCAUGGCGGCCCCAAAUUUUUCGAUUGCAGAUACUAGUGGACUGGAACCUGAGAGUUCGAAAUUCACGCUUACGACUGACACAUUCUGUGCUACUUCGGAAAUUUAUCUUAAUGCAACAACUCAAGGUAGUGACGUUGACAGUGGCGUAAUAGAAGUAAGUCGUAUAAACUCAUCGACCAAUGGAACGGUGGUAGUAGAGCUGAUGUCACCGCUCAGCAUUGGACUAGCAGGCAAGAGUUUUCAGUUGUCGCUUUCACAGUGCGGCGUGUCAACCAAGCGCUCGUUCAUUAUUGGAUUCGACUCGAACAGCUCGUCUACGUCAUUGGAAAGAUCUCAGGAAGAUGUUGCAGCAAAGUCAAGAGGGUCAGUGUCUACGCAAGAAGCAGGCGCUGACUCCGGACUUUCUGGAGGUAUCAUUGUGGCCAUUAUUAUUCCGUCCGUUGCACUCGCAGGUUUUAUAUUCGAGUACAUUUAUCAUACGAGACGACAACCAAAGCCGCUUGCCGAGGAAUCGUCCAAUGAUUCACCUCGCAAUGUAUAA